GUCGGCCUCGGGUCUUCCGCUGGCCUUGGACAGUUGCUCUUACCAACGCCCGGCGAACGCUGCGGUUCAAAUCCAAAGUUCUCCCUUUCACUCCUUAGUUAAUUCAUUGUGAAACUCCCAGAUGAGCCAUUGAGCCUGCCGCGCAUAAUCAGGAGUAGUCAGCCCACAAUGCGCUCCCUCAAACGAAUCUCGCACCGCCUCCGGGCGCCGAUUGGCGGCAGCACCGCGUCCUCGCCCCGUCUCCUCCAGGCACCGCGCUUCAUAUCAACCCACCCGGCCAGCUCCAACACGGCCACGGCCGUCAACCCGAUCAAGACGCUCCUGAUCGCCAACCGCGGCGAGAUCGCCCUGCGCAUCGCCCGCACCGCCGCGGCCAUGGGCAUCCGCACCACGACGCUCUACACCGACGUCGACGCGGCCUCGCAGCACACCAAGUGCGCGCCGCACUCCAUCGCCCUCGGCGCCCCCUCGGCCUACCUCGACGGCCCGCGCAUCGUGCAGCUCGCCAAGCAGCACGGCAUCCAGGCCCUGCACCCGGGCUACGGCUUCCUGUCGGAGAACGCGGCGUUCGCCCGGGCGUGCGAGGACGCCGGUAUCGUCUUUGUCGGGCCCCCCGCCAAGGCCAUGGCGGAUAUGGGCGACAAGGCGCGCAGCAAGGAGAUUAUGACCGCCGCGGGGGUGCCGUGCGUGCCCGGGUACCAUGGCCCGGAGCAGACCGCUGAGCAGCUGCGGGCGCGGGCGAGGGAGAUCAAGUAUCCCGUGCUGCUGAAGAGUGUGAAGGGCGGCGGUGGGAAGGGGAUGCGCAUUGUCAGGACGGAUGACGAGUUUGAGGCGCAGCUGCGGAGUGCGAGGGCCGAGGCGCGGGCGAGUUUCGGCGAUGGCGGGGAGGUGAUGCUGGUGGAGAAGUAUGUCGUGCGGCCGAGGCAUGUGGAGGUGCAGGUGUUUGCGGAUCGCUAUGGGAACUGUGUUGCGCUGGGCGAGCGCGACUGCAGCGUGCAGAGGCGCCACCAGAAGAUCCUCGAGGAGAGCCCGGCCCCCUUGCUCGAUGACGCUACCCGGCAUGACCUCUGGGACAAGGCAAGGACGGCGGCGCUGGCGGUGGGAUACGUGGGCGCCGGCACGGUUGAGUUCAUCCUCGACAAGGACACGGGCGAGUUCUACUUCAUGGAGAUGAACACGCGCCUGCAAGUCGAGCACCCGGUUAGCGAGAUGGUGACGGGCACAGAUUUGGUCGAGUGGCAGUUCCGGGUCGCCGCAGGCGAACGGCUACCCCUGACGCAGGAUGAGAUCGAGGCGCGCAUCUUGGAGCGCGGCGCCGCCAUCGAGGCCCGUAUUUAUGCCGAGAACCCGGACAAGGGGUUCUUCCCGGACUCGGGCAAGCUCGUGCACCUCGUCACGCCCGACACAAAUGCCGAUGUGCGUAUCGAUGCUGGGUUUGUCGAAGGGGAUACCGUGUCGGAGGCAUACGACGGCAUGAUCGCCAAACUGAUCGUGCGCGGGCGGGACCGCGAGACGGCGAUCCGCAAGCUGGAGCUCGCGCUGCGCGAGUACGAGGUAGUUGGGCUCAGCACGAACAUCGAGUUCCUGAAGCGGCUGUGCCGCAGCCAGGCGUUCAUUGAAGGCGAUGUCGAGACUGGCUUCAUCGAGCAGUGGAAGGACGAACUCUUCCAGCCAAGGCAUACUUCCGACGAAGUGUUUGCGCAGGCUGCGCUUGGCUUGCUCAGCUCCCAGAUGAAGUCCGGCGCCGGUCCGCACGGCGGGUCAUUAGGCUUUGGCGAGGCAGGCUUGCAAAGCACACGGAAAUUCGCCCUCCGCGUUCGGAAUGAUGCUGCUGCGGAGGAGAGCGAAGGCGAGGUAGUCCAGGUGAAGGUGUCACAGCGAGGCUGUGCGCUCUACAGCGUAUCUGUCUCGCGGACUGGCGGCGCUGCUAACCCCCAGACCCCUGUGGUGUUCGAAAAUGUCGUCUGCGAACCAUCGCUUGCAUCCACCACUAAGACGAAGCUGACGACCUUCUUCCCCAUGGCCCGCGUCGAGUCUACUCUGGUGCAGGACCCUGCCGCCCCAGAGAAGCUUACCGUGUUCCAGCUCGGCGAGAAGACGGAGCUGACGCUCGUGCCGCCGGACUGGUUCGACAAGGCGCUGGGCCUGAAAGAAGUGGUCGGCAGCGUCGUGGCGCCCAUGCCGUGCAAGAUCUUGAGGAACGAGGUUACAGAGGGACAGGAGGUGGAGAAGGGAGCACCGCUUGUUGUUAUCGAGUCGAUGAAGAUGGAGACCGUCAUCCGGUCGCCGCAGAAGGGGGUUGUCAAGAAGUUGGCGCAUAAGGAAGGGGAUAUCUGCAAGGCUGGCACGGUCCUCGUGCUAUUCGAGGAUGCUGAAGGGUCUGGCGCGGCGAGUUCGUCAUAGUCAGGUGUGGCCACGAGAUGAGGUGGCUGAGAUGUCCACCGGCUGUGAGGCCGUGAAUGCCAGGCGUUUCUUGGAAGUGACGGCUUCUCUUCGUCUUAAC